AGUUUCUACCAUCUGAAUUGAAGGAUUAUUACAAUAAGCUAAAUCCAAAAAUAAAGGGAGAAUAUAAUGAGCUUUCAAAUGAAGAAAAAAUUGGUUUCUUAAAAGUGGUUACGUUAGAACGUGAAAGAAAU